AAUGAUAUUUGUAUAGUUGUCAACCGCCAGUAUGUCUAUCUUGAGGCAUGAUUCGACUACAAAAUCCGUUCCAUGGGCCACAGUUGAUGAGCUACGAAAAGUUUUUUAUACCCUUUACAACAAAGAGAUUGAUCAAACCAAAGAGGCUCUAAAAGUGAUCGAAAUAUGGAAGGUACGCUCAAAAAAACUGCCGGUGUCGUUGGACUGCACAGUGGAACUUUUUGAAGCCAAGCUAUUGGACCUAGAAUCUGAAGACUCUACAUUAAAUGUUUUUAGGCAAUCAGCUUACGCUAUGGCAAUAACUAGGUUUGUAAAUUUAAUUACCGAGGAAAAUCAAACAGACAUGCAUCGACUAUCUGUUCAUAAUUUGGCGCGAAAAUUGAAUAUUCCCGAGUGGAUAAUCAACUUAAGAAUGGAUUCUACACAUGCUGGAUUGCCCGGUCUUCCACUUUUAAGGACAGCAACAGACCUGAUCCUUGACUAUUUAAAAGAAAAUUUUUGGCUCCAAAUAUGUGCUAAGGAUGAAGAGGACGAAAACGAAAUUGAUGCUUCCUCAGUUGUUUUAGAAUAUUUAAAGAAUUUCGUUUAUGUCCAACCCUCAGAGAAAGCAUGGAAAGUUUUGGCAAAAGCUAGAUUAAUUUUAAAAAAAUCCUAUUUAAAGGAUUCACUAUUCUCUAAAGUUAAAUAUUUUAUGCAAGAACCCCCAGAUAGAUAUGCCAAAUUAUAUAAAGAACUAACAAAGAAUCCCGAUGAUGAUGUCUUUUAUUGUAAAGUGUUUGAGAAAUGGGUAUCAUUUUUCGAAUUAUUACAUGUUUCCGGUGUUCUAGAAGAAUUUAUUGAUUAUAGUGCGGAAGAUGAAGAUAAAUUGACUGUUUGGAGAAGAUUGUGGUUAUGCUCUCUGCUCAAAUUUUAUUUUGUAAAGUUAAAUGUUGAAGACGACGACUUAGACAGGAUGAUUCAAUUAUAUUUUAAUUGUUAUAAAGUUAGUGAGGUAGCUAAACUUCACACCUACUUGAAAAUAAAUCCCAAAUGGGAUGAUUAUUAUGAAAAGCUCAAUAGAUUCACCGAUUGUUCAUAUGAGGCUAUGUUAGCUGAUGACGAAAAUUCUAUUUUAGAAAAUAGCGUUAUGAUGUCUAUUGAAGAGGGUCAAGAAACAGAAGAAUAUCGCUUACAAAUGAAUAGAAAUGAUGAAGAAAUAGAAAUUAGAUUGAAGGAACUUGAAGAAAUUGAAGAGGAUCUGAACGAGACUAUGAUUAAUCGGACAGUAGAACAGAAAAUUGCAGAUGAGGGCCGGCGGAUAGGAGUGUUUGAAACUGUUGCCAAGGACCAUCUGAUAUGGCACAUACCUUAUGGAGCAUCAGUCAAGGAUCCCUUUGAAAGUGCUGUUUUAUUGGAUUUUAAUUUUGAAAUAGAAAACGGGAAGAGUGACAGCUGGGAUGCGUUGGAUGAUAUGGAAGAGGAGAGUGCGACAAACGGACAACUUGUAUAA